UGCAAUCAAGGACAAAAACAAAAGUACUGGUGUGUCGGCAGAGGGUGAUAAUGUUGACAUUAAUCACAUUAAGGUUCAAAAGAAUAAUCUGAGCAUGGCUAAAGCAGCGCUAGGCUAAGGACUUUUCUGCAGAGUCAUCUGUGUUAACAUGUUAACACAGUUAACGGAUGAAAUUUAACGGAAACAGAGUUGGAACAAAACGGGAUAAAUUUGGAAAGUUAUUUAUAUGCUUUUGCUGAAGCCGGUUCAUAAGAACCCGAAUCGAUCGGAGUGAAUGAAGCGUUUCUUUGGAGCGUGUUUGAUCCGAGGAUUAACCCAGAUUGUUACAGCAGCAGUGUGUGUGGGAGUGAGGUUAAGUAAACCGCGUCGUGUGCUCCUGGUGAGGAAGGAACAUGCAACCCGGUUUAACCGGGUGGCUCACUGUUCAGGGCCAACAUCCAGGCAGAAAUCAGGUUUAAUGGAAGAUAAAACAACAAAUGAUUUACCUGCACUCAGCUCUUAAUGUCAUUAAAUGAUCAAUGCUACUGCUUUAAUGCUUUCAUCAUGGCAGCCUGUGUGACCGGUCAGGAAAACUGGUAACUGUGCCAGUUUCUUCCUGGCCUCCAGCCACUGAACCAGGCAAGUCUUAUCCGCUCUAAUGACUCCUCAGGAUGUGUCGGUCGGAUCGACACGCCUUCCUUUCUCAAACACACACUCACUCGGAGGUUCACCUGGAUCCCCGCCUGGCGCUCAGCCCUGCAGCGUGGCGCGCUCGGACUCGGGCAGCCGGUCCGCGCGGCGUGGCGCUGCUGGUGCUGCCUGAUCUGUGGAGGAAACGUACAGGAAGGCUUAUCCCUGCACACAGUCAGUGUGUGUGUGUGUGUGUGUGUGGAUUAGACGGGUUACACGGUGGAGACGGCAGCAGAGGCAGGUUGGUCAGUCUCUGUUUUGGUUUGCUCAGGGAAACGGAUGAUGGAGGAAGUUUACUACAGCAGCAGCGUUUGAAACAAUAAACCGGUCUGGGAUGACGGCAAACGUUUUUCCACAACCUGGUUUUGCUUUAGAACCAUGUUGGAUAUCAGUUUUAAACCAAGUGUGUUUCAGGUCUGAAUAAAUGGGGGAAAAUAAAAUAAAAUGGACAUUAUUCCCAAUGUCCAACCAAACAUACGUCCUUUCUUCCGUCUGUCCAUAUUUCGAGGUUGACCUUCGUCCUCAUUUCAGGAUAAAAGUUUGUAUUUAUUUUCUGAAAAUGCUACAAAAAUGCUUGCUAUGUUCUUCUCUUGUCUUGGCUAACUUCUUGAUAACCAUUAGCUGAAUGAGUUUUCUUCAAUUAAACCAACAAAAAAACUAAAAUUAUAUUAUUUUUGCACAAAUAAAACUAAUAACUGUAACGAUAAAGAAGAUCCUUCAGUCUAUUGGUUUCUGUUAGAAACUUUGGAAUAACCUUUGACCUGGGUUUCAUUUUGGAAAUCAUGUCAAAUCCCUGGUUUGAUUUCAGUUUUUUUGUGAAACGUCUCCAGCUUUACCUGUUUUCUCCUCUUCUGACAUAGAAAUCUGAAUCCACACUUUUGUUUUGGCUCGUCUGGGUUAUUGGAAUGUGCUUCACAGACGUCUAACCAAAACAUCCCUAGAACGGUUUACUCCUGAUUAAAUCCUCAAAAAUGUAUCUUGUAUUUAUACUUCUAAUACACUGUGGCCUAGUCAAAGUCUGGAUUUAAAUCCUAGAAUCCAAUUGAGUUGAAGCAUYGUGACCUUACAUGGAUAUUUCCUGCCUGAAAACCUUCCUUUGGGGAUGAAUUGAAACAUUUUUGCAAAGGAACGCGGGUCAAAAUCCGUCCGCAGGGUGUAAAAGAUAAUGACCAGUUAUAAGAAACGCUUGUUGGCGGAUGUUCCCACCAAGGGCGRCGCAACCAGUUAUUAGGUCUGGGCUCAGUUUUCAUCAUUUGAAGCCUGCAAUUUAUAUUUACUCUGGUUAUCUUUGUCUGAUAUUAAAAUCUGGUGAUCUAAAAAUGUUUACGUGAUUAUAGAGACGGUCCUGUCUGGUACGAAACUUUCAAAACUGUUGACAAAGUUAAAUUGGUUUUGUUUCUGGGCAACUGUAAAAUGAAAUUCAUCAAGAUUUAUUUACAAUUAGUUUCUUUGAAAUGUGAUUUCAGUGUAUACACAACUGCAGAAAAAACAGAUUUAUGACUCUAAGCCACUCACACUUUGAGGAGGUAACUCCGAACGACCACUAGUAGAUCGUAAAUGCAAAAUAAAUUGGCCAAUUUAAAACAAAAUUUAAAAAUGGCUUUAUUAUUACAGAGUAACAAAACCCCAAAUCAACUUUUUUGCAUUAAAUUAUCUAAACUGGUACUUAGAAGGUGCUGUUUUUGUAUUUCUGUACAAAUUGUGACAUUUUUGUGAAAAUUUGUUUAAUUGUGUGAUAUUUGGCCUUAAGCCGUCUCAGUGCUGCCCUCUAUGGGUUGAAUCUUGGCUACUGCAGUGGAAUUUUCCUAUUGGUUGCAAACGGUACAGCUUGGUUCAUGUCUACCUCACAGUCCCGUUCUGGUGCAAAGACUCUCAUUCAGACACAUUGAUAAAGUUUCUCAGCUUUACACAUGUGAUUCAUUUGCACAUGGAGUGAAAUGAGAAAAGUCUCCAGAUUUCCCACUUUUUGAAAAAAAAAAUUUGCUAGAAGUAUCUUCAAUUUUCUAAAUAUAGUGACAAAAAUGCUAAGUUGGUCACUUUUGACCUGAACACAUCCCCACACUUAGUCACGCCCCUCAGUGUAUCUUGGCCACGCCCACUUUUGGUGGAAUUUUUUUCUAAAUUUGGCUUUGGGCAGCGUUUUGCUUUCACAGGGAAUUUAGUUACACUUUUAACUACAAAUUUGAAGCUUUCACUUGUUUGUGUGUGUGAGAGAGGGAGAGAGAGUUGGAGCAAUCCUUGGUGCCCUCUGCUGGCCUGGAGGAUCCAAACAGUAGCUUACUUAGCUUAAAUGCUAAUCAUGCUUAGUUUAAAAUGUCAAAAAGCUUUUGCUGCACAGAACAAAGCUUAGAAAUUCAAGACUAGUUUAUUCUCACACCUCGGAAAUAGUCUCUAUCCUACUGAACACUUUAGUCUUUAUUUGACUGUAUUUUGCUUUUGUUUGCUCAUGUCCAAAAGUAGCUUUCCCUGUAGUUUAGCAUAAAGAUGGCAGCAGAAUCCCUCUCUUUGUUGCAGAUGAGAACAAUGUCGGAUGAGGCGGAACAGAGAACGUGUGAUGAGGACUUUGGUUCUGAGGAAGAGGAGGGCGAGGAAGGAGACGUGGAGUCCUACCUGGAGGACAACAGCAGCGAGCUCAUGGACCGACUCCGAGAGCUGGAGGCGGAGAACUCUGCUCUGAUGUUGGCGAAUGAGAGCCAGAGGGAAGCUUAUGAGCGUUGCUUAGAUGAGGUGGCCAAUCAUGUGGUCCAAGCUCUGCUUAAUCAGAAGGAUCUGCGGGAGGAGUGCAUCAAGCUGAAGAUGUUGGUGUUUGACCUGGAGAGACAGAACCGCGCGCUCUGUGAGCUCUUCCAGCAGAAGCUGCCCAACCAUCCCACCACUCACUACCAGGUCCAGGCGGGACCCCUCCCAGACUACAAUGCACAGCUGCACAAUGACUCGGCCAAACAGGUGGAGCCGGCCCAGACUGAAGCACAAGCCAAGGGAAAUGGCUUCCGCACACAACAUGCCUCCCCGGGCCCCCGCGGCCCCGCCGCCUCCAUGGAGGCCCUGUCUCCAUUCUUCAAGAAGAAGGCGCACAUCCUGGAAGUCCUGCGCAAAAUGGAGGAGACGGACCCCCUGAAGUUCCACCCGUCCACCACGAGCUUGUCUUUCUGCGACUACAGCCAGGUGCUGAUGUCAACAGAGGCUGUUCUUGCCACCGCAGACUCCCACCCGGUCCAGUGCAAGUCCCACCACACACACUGUCACUGCUCCUGCAGCGACGCUGACGCACACCAGCACGUCAACGGCGACGGCGCGGUGAAGUGUGAGGGAGCGAGCACCUGCUGUUUACACUGCAAAAGGAGUCCGGACAGCGCUCCGAAGCCAUGCAACCAUGUCUGUAGUCCAUCAAAAGCCAGCUCCUCCGCCCAGAGUCAUGCUCCUGCAGCCACAACGAGCGAAUGUCACAGUAAGGCCCGAGCAGGAGAGUCCAAGCAAUGUACCGUCAACAAGGUCCACCAGCAGCCAGUAGGCACCUCGGCCCACUCAGCCACAGAGACAGCUCAGGCUGUGGAGGUGGCCAGAGUGGAACAGGACAGCUCUGAAAGUGGAGUUUCUGAGGAGCUGACUGGUUUCUGUGGCACCUCCAAUCUGCCCAGUUCUGUAGAGGAGAGCGUACAGAUCCCUCACUGUGAUGCGGAUACAAGCAGCGGCAUUCACAACGGCUUGGGGCAUUCGUCCAGCACCGCGCUGAAUGACCCCUCCACUAUCCCCGAGAGAGACCUCACAGACCAGGAAGCUUCCUCGGUCCGAGCCGGUGCAUCCGUCAGUCCGAGCCCUUCUUGCCUCAAUGAUGUCAAAGCUGCGGCCAUCAACUCCCCGUCCAAGCUGCUCAAGUUCCUGAAGAUCCCGUCAAUAGGGGACAAGGCCCAGCCACCAACCACGGCAGUUCGCCUGAGCCCGCAGCUCACACGCAACUCCAGAAUCCCAUGUCGCACCAACAACUACGAGGUGUACCACUCUCCGGUUCCUUCCCGCAGAGCCACCACCACGGAGAGGUGCAAGCAGCCCCCUCCCCCACCGUCCAGGUCCGAGUCCUACCCUGCUACRCACUCGGCACCGACCUCCCCUCCACAGCCUGAAGGUGUCUGCUCUCUGCCUCCUAAGGAAAUAAGCUACAGCAGUCUCUCUGCACCAAAAACCAGUGACAGCUCAAAGUUGGGAAAUCCAUCUGCUGCAUCCAUGGGUUCACCCAGAGCUUCCCAAAAGGUCCCCCAUUAUGAAAAUGUCUUGGAAAUGUCCACCACCAGAGAAAAAGAGCCAACCCAGGGUCUUGAGAAAAGAAGCACUAUUCCAUCUCAAGCAAAGGCAAACGGUGGUGAGAGGAAGCUUGUUAAGUCUUUACCAGAAAGUGUCCUGAAUCCUUCUCCUCAGCGAAAGCAGUCAUCUUCGUCUACGUCGGAGUCGACGUCUGAUGACGAGGAGGAUUCAGACAGUCCAGUGUGGGUCAACCAUCACAGUUUACCCARCACAGCCGCCCUCAACAAAGCUCAGAGCCAAGCAAGCUACCCAAGAACAAGAGACAAGCAUGAGAUGAACGUAAGGGAAGUCUCUCAGCCUCCGCCGCCUCCGRCCCGAAGAAGCGACUCCUCAUCCAUCCCCAAGAGGCCGAGCUCUGGGGCGGGUAGAUCCCAGGCUGACUCCAGUCACCACGCUUUCAAAGACAGACUGGCGGCGYUGGGCAAGCUAAGGAGUUCUGAGGAUUUACAAAUCAGGCCUGUUGACGCAGUGACUGAGGGCGCGCCUGGAGAGGAGAGGAGCAAGAUGGCAGAGAGAUCCUCAGAGGUCCAUAAAGAGGAGCAGAGGCAUUCAAAGUACCAAGACUCUUUAGAUAGUAAACCUAAAAGUAGCAGUGUUGGUCUGAAGUAUCCGGGUCCAUCUCAGAUGUACGAACAGACCGGGAAAUCUCARUCAGGUAAACAAGAACUGUGUGUGCCCAAACCUGAGGGCUCCAAGAGCAAAAUUGGGUUACCGUCCCCCAACACAGAUGCUCCCCAGGUUCUACGCAACAACAUCAAGUGUCCCGGUUCCCUGAAUCUGGCUUACAAUGUCAAAAGUGGCCCCCAGAGUAGCAACAGUCCUAACAAAAUUCCCCCGAAGUCGCCUUCCAAACCUUGCCAAGGCGUAUCUGUCCACCGGASCGGGAAGCCUUCGGAAACGCCGCGUUACUCAUCGAAGUCAGAGGAGAGGACAAAAAUCAGCGGGAAAGGAAAGAAGAAUCCAAUGUAUGGCGACAGCCUCCCCCCUCCUCCUCCCAGACCCCCGACUGAGGCGGAGAAGCCGUUACAGCAGCCGGCUCCCACUCCACAAUCUGCUAUUGAGCAAAAAGUGAUGAAGGGGAUCGAGGAGAACGUCCUAAAGCUUCAGGAGCAGGACCGCGGGGGCCAGAGCAGUGAAGUCAAGCAGAAAGCCUCAAACGGCAUCGCCAGCUGGUUCGGCCUGAAGAAGAGCAAGCUGCCCGCGCUGAGCCGCAAAACGGACGCCACCAAGGCAAAAGACGAGAAGAAGGAGUGGAAGAUAAACAUCCCCUCAGUGGGCAGGGACUCCAAAAUGGCCAGUAGAUGCAAAGAAGGCGUGGAAGGAUUGAACAUCUCGACUCUGAUGGAGAAGGCUGAGGGCCUGAGGAGGGCCCUGGAGGAGGAGAGGGCCUACGUGGAGAGGUCCGGCAGGGGCCACUCCUGUGAGGUGGUGAUGGACCAAGCUCAGGGACAGCUGGCUGUGAUGUACAGAGGGGGGCGCUCUGACAACUUCAUGCAACAGCUGCUCAACAGAGUGGAUGGGAAGGAAGUGAUCAGUCUGCCGCAGCGCCGCCUCUCGUUCGACUGCAAGACCUCCAAGCCGGUGUUCACUCAGCAGACCGGCGUCAUCAGUCACACCACCAGUCAUGACGACAUGGAGAAGGGAUCAGACAGAAUCAGCAAAAUCACAUCAGACGAAAACCUCGCAGAUCCAGUUCACUCUCAGCACUUUGCAGGUUCCGGUGCUUCCACCUACACCCUGGACAGCGGCAUCGGUACGUUCCCUCUUCCCGACUGCAGCAGCGGAGCCGCGGGUCGGGGCCCGUCCAAGGGGCGGGCGGGGGCCGAGCAUCACUCCGCCGGGUCCCCGGGUCGAUCCGGGCGGCGGGCCCGAACCCUGGACCGGGAGCUGACGUCGCAGGAGGAAUGCUUCACGUCGCACAAGCAGCUGAUUCCCACCAUCCAGUACUGCUCCAUGCUGGAGGGGAGGAGCUCCGCCGGAGUCGUACGUGAAGAUAAAGAGGCACACGGAGCAAACGUGUUCUCUCCUCGCUCCAAGACCUGGACGUUCCCCAAUCUGAAGACUCCAGCCGGACCUGCAGAGGUUUACCUGGCCGUGGAGGAAGAGGAGGAAGAGGAAGACGCAGUAACGUUUGGAUCCCCGUUCAGAGGGAACGUGAAAGCCGGCGGCCCGUCCUCCAGUCGAGUGGUGGACCCGGGCAGCCUGCCCGUCCCGGCCCAGUCCGGGUUGAGCCGGAGGGGGAAGACGCGCGCGCCCAGCGUCCCCGAGAUGAGCCGGGAGGCGGGGCUUGAGCUGCUCAGGGAGCGGCCAGAGGAGGCGCUCUCCCCGAGUCGCCCCCAGGUCCUGGAAACGCCCGAGUCUCUGAGCGACUCGCUGUACGACAGUCUGUCAUCCUGCGGCAGCCAAGGGUGAUGGCAGAGGGGGCCGGCGGGGGGCAGAGGCCCCAUCUGUUCACUCUGAUGAUACAACGGCGUAUUGGGGCCAUCGUAGAUGGAGAAGAUAAAAGGACAAGUUCAUUUCCACCAAAAAAAAAAACUCCGAAAUUUUGAGAUUAAUCUCAGAAAUUGUCUAGAAUAAACUUAGAACUUCUGAGUUUGAAGAGUCAAAAAUUUUCUAGGAAAAAUAAAAUAAAAUUGGUUCUCAGAAAUAUUCUAGAAUAAACUUGGAAACUAAAACAUUUUUA